UUCACAUCACUGAUAACAUAACCAAAGCGUUUUAUGUGUGCAAAAAUAAAAUAAAGUGCCCCGGCUGCUUGGAAAUAAAUUCGCAGGUCACAAGACGUGGAAAGAAGACAAGGAUUCACUUAAAACAAUCUGCUGGAAUCUUGUACAAGAAAAUGCCAGCAGAUAUAAUGGAGAAAUCGACUUCUUCCCCCGUGCCUGCAACCCCAGCCAAUAUAAACGCUACACCAGAUAAACCAAAAACCGCUUCUGAAAAUCGGAAGUCAUCCAAACCAAUUAUGGAAAAGAGACGCCGGGCUAGAAUAAAUGAAAGUUUAAGCCAACUUAAGACGCUGAUCCUGGAUGCGCUCAAGAAAGAUAGUUCGAGACAUUCAAAGUUGGAAAAAGCUGAUAUCCUAGAAAUGACAGUGAAACAUCUCCGAAAUCUCCAGCGAGCCCAAAUGACUGCUGCUUUGAGUACAGACCCGACAGUUCUGGGUAAAUACAGAGCCGGCUUCAGCGAAUGUAUGAACGAAGUGGACCCGUUUCUUAUCCACCUGCGAAGGUGGUUUAACACAGAAGUCCGAACCAGACUCCUGAGUCAUUUGGCAAAUUGAAUGUCUCAGAUUAACGCCAUGAACUACUCCCAACCGCCCCCCAGCCCAGCUGUGACCGGCGGAUCCCACGCUGCUUUUGGGCAGCCCUUGCACGUCCAGCUGCCUGGAUCAGGGGGCAACGGGGGUCCCCUGAAUGGAGUCAACAUGCCUUGUAAACUGGGUGCGGCUGACGCAAUGCCUGCAGCAGCGGUUGCCGCUGCCACUAAAGUCUACGGCGGGUUCCAACUGGUACCAGCAUCAGACGGCCAGUUUGCAUUCCUCAUUCCUAACACGGCGUUUGGACCCAGCGGACAGCUAACGGCAGGACCUAUCAUCCCUUUGUAUGCCAAUGCCAACGGAACUGCAUUGCCCUCCGCCGUUUUCCCCGGCCAACAGGUCUCCCAUUCAACCGUCUGGCAUUGCCCCAGCGUCCGGCUUCCCGCUUCCACUGUCGGCAGCCACUACUGCUGUCAGCCCGGUUAGUGUGGGCGUACCAUCAGAUUCCUUAGAUUCCGUCUGGAGACCCU